AUGCCAUCCCGAAUCCCAGACAUUAACAAGGUGCGUCAACUCAUUCCUCCAUUGUCGAGUGAAAUGCACAAGGGCCAGGCUGGACGCGUCGGUGUCGUCGGAGGUUCCGAAGACUAUACGGGUGCACCUUUCUUCAGUGCCAUUUCUGCCAUGCGACUGGGUGCUGAUCUAUGUCAUGUCUUUUGCGAGCCAGGUGCUGGCACUGUUAUCAAGAGCUAUUCUCCAGAUCUUAUUGUUCACCCUUACAUGCGUACUUCUGACAAAAAGGAUGCCUCCGUGGAUAACAUUGUCAAACGAGUCACUGACACAUUCGGCCGAUUACAUGUCCUGGUCGUUGGCCCUGGGCUUUCACGUGACGAUGCUAUGCAGAACAGUGCACGCGAGAUCAUGCUCAAGGCUCGAGAACAGAAUAUGGCUAUUGUUGUGGAUGCGGAUGGCCUAUUUUUGGUGCAAAAUCAUCCUGAGACAGUCAAAGAUUAUGCAAAAGCGGUAUUGACUCCGAACGUUGUUGAAUUUAAGCGCUUGUGCGAACGCAUGGAUGUCAAUUCAAAAGAACACGAUCAAGAUACAGUGGCAUACAAAUUGAGUCAAGCGUUUGGAGGUGUUACGAUUGUGCAAAAAGGACCCGUGGAUCUUAUUACAAAUGGAAAAGAAGUUUUGCGCUGUGAGACUGAAGGAGGACUUCGUCGUGUGGGUGGACAAGGUGAUAUUCUUUCUGGUACUAUUGCCACGUUUUUAGCAUGGGGUAAAGGCUAUGAAGAUGGUGUAUGGAAGCAUUCGAAUGAAAUUGAAUCCAAAGAUAUUGCCAUGCUAGCAUCGUGGGGAGCUUGCUGUGUUACACGUGACAGUUCGAAGAGAGCAUUCGAGAAAUAUGGACGUGCUAUGCUUACAUCGCAAAUGGUUGAAGAGAUUGGUGCCGCUUAUGCCAAGUUUGCAGAAAAUAAAUAG